AACAAAGUCUGUUAUUCAGACACUUCUCAAAAAUCUUCCCAAAUACAUUGAUAACUGAAAUAGGUCUAUAAUUGAACAUAUUGUCUUUACUUCCAGAUUUAAAUAUUGGUGUCACUAUGUUUUCUUUAAAUUGGCGAGGAAUUACUGAGGUUUUGAAAUACAGGUUGAUAAUAUUGCAAACUAUUUGCUGUAACUCUAUGUUAUCCACUGGAGUUAGAAACAUAGAGUGUGCAAUGUUGACGACAUGAAGAUCUGAUGUAUCAACAAUUGAGUUUUGAUCAAUCUGACUUUUUAUUUGCUCACCUAUAUCGACAAAAUAUUUAUUCAAAACACAGGCUAUAUCAGUGGGAGCAUCCAGCUGCUGAUUAUUGUGAUUUUUUAAUUUUGUCAUCAUUGGUUACCUCAUUAAUAACAUCCCAGCUUUUCCUAUAGUUAUUACCAGCUAAAAUGAGUUUUUGUGUAUAAUAUUGAUUUUUAGAGAUCUUAAU